CAUACUCUCGGGUAUUUAAAACACUGAAUGAAAGAAUAUUUACAAAAAAUACGCUUGUCUGGGACAAACACAAUUUGCAAAUUUUAAAUUUAGCGCCACGCUUAGAUACGAAUGAAGUUCGCGUUUGCGAAUACGGGCCGAUUAUGAUGUGAAAGAUAUUCCGAAGGCCGUGAGGUGCCGUGAGUGAACACGGAAAUCGAGAUGUGUGUGUGGUCAAAAAGACAGUGCAAGGUAGGGGUCGGGUGGCGUUUGUGAUGGCAAAAUUUUUGCAAAUGCACGGUCACUGACAUUAGCACCCACAAUGGACCAGCAAUUCUGUUUGCGCUGGAACAACCAUCCGAACAAUCUGACUGAUGUGCUUGCAAGCCUUCUCCAGCGCGAGGCACUCUGCGAUGUCACACUUGCCUGUGACGGGGAGACAGUCAAGGCGCACCAGACAAUUCUGUCAGCAUGUUCUCCAUACUUUGAGACCAUAUUUUUGCAAAACUCUCACCCGCAUCCCAUAAUAUUUUUAAAAGAUGUGCGAUUCUCAGAGAUGAAGUCGCUCUUGGAUUUUAUGUACAAGGGUGAAGUAAAUGUUGGCCAAAAUAUGCUACCUAUGUUCCUAAAGACUGCUGAAAGUUUACAAGUUAGAGGUUUGACAGAAAACAAUACACUAAAUCCUAAGACGGAAGAGAGGUCGACGCCAUCAGUUAGUGCGGAGAACUUGUCUCGCGGUGAGUUCGCGAGCCCGCCCGCCGCGCACGGCGGCAGCACGCCGCUGCCCGCGCCGCCCGCGCCGCACCCCGCACACCCCGCGCCCCCCGCACCGCCGGAGAAGCGGCGCAGGAAGAACUCCUCGCUGCCACGCGACGACGACAUACCAUACCGCCACUAUGAGCAAUUCCAGGGAAUGGGAGUAAAUGAAAUGGCAUCUAUGUUGACUCAGCAUCCACUUGGUAACGAAUGUAGCGAGAACGAGACCAUGCUGCAACCGCACCCGGACCAGACAGACACCGUCGAUGGUGAAAACUUUGGCGUUGAUGAAAAUACAAAGCCCGAACGAUACAACAAAUUAUCGAAUUUAAAUAGCAUAAUGAAAAGCUACAAAAUGGCAUUAAAUCAAAAUAAACCAUACAGUAUUCCUAUGACUUGUAAUAUUUGUGGUAAAAAUGUUGGCAAUAUAAAGAAACAUAUGAAAUCUCAUAAUCCCGAACAACAUAAAUGUCCCUUGUGUCCCAUUAUAUUGACCAGAGCGGAUAAUUUAAAGAGACACUUGCGUAUGAAGCAUUGUUCUGUCUUAAGAUCUGAUAAUAUAUCUAAUAUUCAAACAUGUUGAACACCAACGCAUAAUGUCUUACAAUAUUGAAAGUUUUUUUAUAGAAUGAAAUGAAGUAUUUGUGAUUUUUUUUCUAUCAUGAGAGGGUGAUAUUUA